AUGUCGGAAACAAAGGCGAAGUUAUGCCUUUUGGCUCAACCUUCCGCUGAAAUCCGUUUCGUCAACAGUAAACCUACGCUCAUCCAGCCCACCGGCGUCUGGAAGGAUGGCUGCUCCAAGCACCAGAAGCCAUGGCCAAAGUCUAACAGGCAGCGAGUUGAGAUCGAGGUACCUCAAUGA